AUGGACUCUGACGACUACGAUGACGACAUUGCUGAUGAGGAUCUGGCAGAGGCUUUCAGCCAGAGCGACAGGGCAGUUGGGUCCAGCGCAUCUCGAGCAAAUUUCAAUACAAUAAGCUCCUCGAGGUCUUUGUCAGCCACUCACCCUUCAACUAUCAACACAGCUCGUGCGCCAGACUACCAGGAUGUCAUGAAAGCCAGUGAGAUGGAUGAGCUCCUUGCAGCUGCAUUUUCAUCAUCGCCGGACCUGGACCCGGUCGUCGCGGCACCACCCAGAACACCGCGGCAACCCUUCGGACGGACAUCAUCGAACGGCUUUCGUCAGACGACCCUCUUCGGUGGCACUGUCAAUGACGAAGAAGAUGCUGAUUCCAGGCCCGUACACCCUGGUUUCGGAAGGGUUUAUCGUGCAGACAAGCCUGUCGAAGCUACUCAUCACGAACUAAACAACGAAGCUCUCAAGACAUGGGUCUAUCCCAAGAACCUCGGCGCUGUCCGAGACUAUCAGUACAGCAUUGUGAAGAAUGGACUAUUUAACAACACUCUGGUAGCCUUGCCAACUGGUCUUGGGAAGACCUUCAUCGCCGCCACGGUCAUGCUCAACUUUCACCGCUGGACCAAGACAGCCAAAAUUGUUUUCGUCGCGCCGACCAAGCCGCUUGUCGCGCAACAGGUCGAUGCCUGCUUCAACAUUGUCGGUAUAUCUCGAUCGGAGACUACCAUGCUCACGGGUGACGUUACCCCAGCUACUCGCGUUGAUGAAUGGCAAGCCAAGCGCGUCUUUUUCAUGACGCCGCAAACGUUACUCAACGACAUCUCUAGAGGCUACGCCGAUCCAAAGUCUAUUGUACUUUUAGUGGUUGACGAGGCUCAUCGCUCGACAGGAGAGUAUGCAUACGCCAAGGUGGUCAAGCAGAUGCGGCGCUUUAACCCCUAUUUCAGGGUACUGGCUUUGACAGCCACGCCAGGCUCCAAGGUCGAGACGGUGCAAGAGGUCAUUGACAACCUAGGCAUAUCGCACACCGAGAUUCGCACAGAAGACUCCAUCGACAUUCGCCAGUAUGUCCAUCAGCGGAAUAUUGAUCAACGCAUCAUUGACCCAUCGUACGAGAUGUGCGAGAUCAAAGAUCUCUUCACGAAAGCCCUGAAGCCGAUGAUGGACAAAUUGACGAAGCAAAACAUUUACUACGGCCGAGACCCCAUGGCCAUCACCACUUUUGGGCUUAUGAAGCAAGAACAAGACUGGAUGAAGAGCGCGGGGCGGCAUGUGCCUCAACCACUUCAGCACAUGAUGCGGGCCAUCUUCGCCAUUCUGAAAUCGCUGGCACAUUCGAUCAAGCUUCUCAACUUCCACGGCAUCAAACCGUUCUUCGACAAUCUCAAAGACUUCAGGAGCGAUGUGGAGGAGAAGGGGCAGAAGGGUUCCAAAUACAAGAAACAGCUCGUCGCGGACCCCAGCUUUCAGGACAUGAUGCAAAAAAUCGAGGGGUGGCUUCGCAUACCCAGCUUUGUCGGCCACCCAAAGCUGGCCGAGUUGGCCGAAACGAUGCUGAAUCACUUCAUGGACGCCAAGGAGGGUUCAGCCACCCGCGCCAUUGUCUUUAGCGAAUACAGAGACAGCGCCGAGGAGAUUGUACGAGCGCUGAGCAUCCACAAGCCGCUCAUCAAGCCGACCGUCUUCGUCGGCCAAGCCGAGGGAAAGCGGUCAGCUGGCAUGAAACAAGCUCAACAGAUCGCAACUGUCGAAAAGUUUAGGACGGGCGAGUACAAUGUUCUUGUUGCCACGUCCAUCGGCGAGGAGGGUCUGGACAUUGGCCAAGUCGACUUGAUCGUGUGCUAUGACGCCUCUUCGUCCCCAAUCCGUAUGUUGCAGCGGAUGGGCCGGACAGGUCGCAAGCGAGAGGGCAACGUCGUCCUACUCCUCAUGCGAGGCAAGGAAGAAGAGAGCUUCAGCCGAGCGAGAGAAAACUACGAAGCGAUGCAGGCCCUGAUUUGCGAGGGUAGUAAGUUCAACUUUCGCCAUGAUCUAUCGGCACGUAUCGUUCCGAGGGAGAUUCGACCCGAGGUCGACAUGCAACAGAUCGAGAUUCCAAUCGAGAACACCCAGAACACAGCACUUCCUGAACCGGGGAGACGAAAGGCGGGGGCCGCGAAGAAGAAGAUGCCACCCAAAAAGUUCCACAUGCCGGACGGCGUGGAGACGGGUUUCGUCACGGCUUCGCGCGUAGGAUUAUUGGAUGGAUCUGUGUCGAAGGGCCUUAAGAAGAAGACGCCGAAGAAGGCUACGCCAGCAGCGCCGUGUGAGCUCGAUCGGUUGACAGAAAUACCCCCACUAGACUCUGUGCUGCUCAACACGCGCCAGAUGGCGGAGCUGGAUCGAAAUUAUCGGACUCUGCCUUUCAACCGGAGCAAGGUAGAGGAGAUUGAGGUUGUCGACAUCAAUGCCCAUCCAGCACUCAAUCGACGUCUCAGGCCCGUCGGCAAGGUACAACAUGGCACGCGGACAAAGAAGUACGUCGAGCUUAUGCAGACCUGGACCAAGAAGUACAAAGAUCCGGCAAAGAAGUGGCACAAGCCGUAUGGAGACCAGGACACUAGUAGAUGGGAAGAUAUCCCGUUCCCGCCAUUUGCGCCUGACACCGAUGAUGAGCGGCCACCAAAAGUCACCAAAAAAAGGCAGUCUGAUUUCCUCGGGCUCAACGAUGAUGGGCCUGAUAAAGCACCACGGGCGAAGAAACGCAAGUCAAAUGGACCAGCAACAAAGGUUCCCCUUCACAUAGUGUCUGAUGCGGAAGAAGGAGACGACUCGGAGAAUACAGUUUGCGAGGCACCUCAGCGUGGUCGGCCGAAGAAAGCUGCAGCGCCAAAAGCGCGAGGGAGAAAGCCGAAGAAGCGAGCGCCUCAAAAGAGAGGCGGCAUCAACAGCGAUGAAUUGGGUGACGACUGUGACCGAGACAGCGACAUGGAUGACACGGAUGGAUCUGAUGAUGGGGCCGAUUUGCUCGAUUUUGUGGUCGGGGACGAUCAUCCCAUCUCGAGCCUCAGAGACGUGUCAGAUGACCUGCCGUCGAGUGUUACGUCAACUCCAGUUCCAACAAGGACGAAAAUGAAGCCCUUUUUCGAGCCCCUGUCCUUGCCAGCUACCCAGGACUCAACAGACGACCUGCCUGACCUUAGCGUAGUGACGGCAAGGACAGGCCUGGCCACCAAGACGACAAGGCUAGGCAAGGCUACGGUUGUUGAUGAUUCGGACGCGUCUGAGAACAUGAAUGACUUAAGGAACAAAUUUGACGAGGCUGAUGACGACGAUCUUCAGCCUCGCGGGCAGCCCAGUCGGCACAUUCGCCGGCGGACCGUUAUUGAUGAGAGUGACGAGGACGACUACUAG